UGGUAACUAGUGGAAACCCAGAAAUGUUGGUUUGUUGUGGGCAGCUUCUGUUUUGAUUUACUAAGCAUUCGUCUGGAGAACACUUUUGACUCUGAAAAUACAAAAAAAAACUAUCGUCAUACUGGUUGGUAUUCAGAAUCCGCAGUGGCUUGCAAGCACAGAUUCUCGAUUGCAGCGCGGUCAAAAGCAGAAUGUAUGGGAAAUACAGGAUAGUGUUUACAAUACAGUUGUUUAGGCCACUGCUGUAGGCUAGACUAGAGAAUACACACAAUUUUGUCGCUACCGUGUAUGACUAAUUGCUGAUAACAACCUUAGAGAUGUCCUGUGGUAAUUGUGGUAUUUCUCAUGUGGUUCUACUGUCUUGUAAUGCUCUCCAGUCCAGGUUUUCUUGUACCACGACUAUUUCUGCUGUGUUGUUUUAUCCAGACAUGUAUUUAGUAUUUGUUUAUAUUUUAGUGGCCAAAAUGAUGUCUGAAGAAAGUGCACCUAUGAGGCACAUUGAUCUUGGGUCUCCUCCUGCUCUGGAACCACCAGCGGCUGGUUACAGGUUCCCCGGCCCUCCGCCACCCAUCUACUCCUGCACUCUGACCCCUGAGCUGGUAGCCAAAGCCCGGGAGGAGCUACAGGAGAAGCCCGAGUGGAGGCUGAGAGACGUGCAGGCCCUGAGGGACAUGGUGCUGAAGGAGCAGCCUAACCUCCGGACCAGGCUGGACGAUGCCUUCCUCCUGCGCUUCCUACGGGCCAGGAAGUUUGACUAUGACCGUGCCAUGCAGCUUCUCCUUAACUACCAUACCAGUCGGCGGGCCUGGCCUGAGGUCUUUCAGGAUCUGAAACCUUCCACUAUCAAACAUGUGUUAGACCUGGGCUUCCUCACUGUCCUGCCCCAUCCAGACCCUAAUGGACGCUACAUCCUCUGUCUCAGACCUGGAAAAUGGAAAGCGAAUGAUUAUCCAUUUGAGGACAACAUCCGGGCAAUUUACCUGACUCUGGAGAAGCUGAUUCAGCCAGAGGAGACUCAGGUUAAUGGGAUCGUCAUCUUAGCAGACUACACUGGGGUGGGCUUGUCUCAGGCAUCCAAUCCGGGCCCAUUCCUGGCCAAGAAGGUUGUCAGCAUCCUUCAGGAUAGCUUCCCAAUAAGAAUCAAGGCUGUUAACAUCAUAAAUGAGCCCCGGAUUUUCAAAGGGAUCUUUGCAAUAAUUAAGCCUUUUUUGAAGGAGAAGAUGGCAGAGAGGUACGUUCUCCAUGGGUCAGACCUGCGCUCUCUGCACCGCAACAUCCCUCGAUCCGUCCUGCCAGAUGAGUAUGGUGGGGUAGCCGGCCACCUCGACAUGUCAGCCUGGUCGAAGACAUUACUGGACUCGGAGGAGGAGUUUAUAGUGGAGUUCUGCCAGCCAGAUCCUCUAGAGGGCGUAGUUCUCCCAAACUCCAUGCUGUUUGAAGGGCAGCAGCCCGGUGGUGCUGCCCAGGAUGAUGACACCUUCAGGGGUCUACGCUCUCAGCUCUACUACUGUUACUGAUAGUGACCAUCAUCUCUCUCUCGUUUAACUACUGUGAGGACACUAGCCUGGUCCCAGAUGUGUUUGUGCUGUCUUGCCAACGCCUAUAGUCAUUUAUGUGACAAUGUCCAUAGGAGUUGGUUAAACAGCACAACUGGAUCUGGGACUAGGCUAUGAGAACACUACUGUUUCUUUUGAAACAUUUAUCUAUGUUUUAUCAUGGUCCCAUGGGGCAAGUUUUCAAUGUUAUUUAGUAGAAAUCACUACAGGAGGAGCUAAAUAGUCAUCUGGGCCCAUAUUCAAAAAGCGUCUCAGAGUAGGAGUGUUGAUUAUAGGAUUGGUUUUUACCUUUGAGAUCAUAAUUAAUACAGUUAUAUGGACAUGGGAGACGCUUUACGAGUUCAGGGCCUGCUACAUGGCCAAGCAUAAGGCAGCUUCAGGUUUUGGCAAAGAGGCUUAAUAGGAGCUGCCUCUCGGUUUCAAACCAUUUCCAGUGUUACAUUUAUUUCUUAUAAAGGAAGACGAUUAACUGUGCCCAUUUAAAAUGCCGCUCACUUCCGCUUUCUCCUUAAUUUCUCAGAAUACAUGUACUGAGGCUGUUCCUGUUAGACUUCCUCUGCGUGGUCAUAUUCAAACACAAUGUUGUAGCCUUACCGGAUCCAUACUUUGCCUUAAUCUAUUUUCGAUAAUGAUUGAUGUGCAAGGGGUUAUGAAUGGGAUUGAAUUUGUAACCAUGCAAGGUUGCCACUUUUAUCCAAAGCAACUUACAGUGCAAUGAGUGGAUAGCCUACAAUUUUAGCAUGUGUAUGUGAUCCCUGCAGGAAUUGAAACCAGUGAUGCACUUGCCAUCGGUGGUGUCACGCUCUUACUAACUGAGCCACUCAAGACCUGUAAUGUCUGAGUUACUGAGAGCCCUAGCCUACAGUAUCACAUGUGCAUUUGUUCUUAUUAAGACACAUUUUACUAGUCCUGAUCAGUUAAUACAACCUGGCUUCAAGGACG